CACGAACGACGUCGGCGCUGUUCUUGGCCAUCCACCGGCCGCCAGCCGGGCAGCGCUAACGCCGUACGGUGUGAACGCGAGGCGUCGUUUCUUUGAGCUCUUUAAAGAACAAGCGCACGGCGCUGGUUAAGGAGCGUCCCUUGUGGUGUGGCACGCAGCGUGCGCCUGCUGCAACACCGCCCACGCAUUGCAUUGCCGCCCACACGCCCCGAUGCAGUGGCCGCCCACACACCGUUCACGACCCUGGGGAGCCGGUGGCCGAGAUUCCGCAUUCUUAUGGCGGGGGGCGAGUAAGGGCUCCGUUGGACAACGGCUGUUGACUUCCCCAAAAGACUCCGCGUGCGAUGGCCACAGAGGGAGGCUCCACGGCGGGCGAGGUGAGGCCGGCCUCCAGCAACGAGCAGCGGCCGGAGCGGCCGGAGCGGCCGGUGGCCUCCACCGCGGCCGAGGGGCAGCCGGCGGCAGACGGUGGCACCGCCUCCACGGCCAAGCAGGCGCCGGCGAAGGGAAACGCGGAGCGAGUCGACCCCACGCGGGCGCGGCAGCGGCCCAGGCCCAGGCCCAGGCCCAGGCCCGGGCGAGCAAGAAGGGCAAGGGUGCCGCGUCGGCGAUGGCGUGCAAGGUGGCGCUGCUGGAUGGCGCGCAGUACGAGUGCGAGGUGGAGAAGCACUCCAAGGGGCAGGUGCUCUUCGACAAAGUGUGCGACCACCUCAACCUCCUGGAGAAGGACUACUUCGGCCUGGCCUUCCAGGAUGCCCAAGACCACAAGAAUUGGUUGGAUCCUGCCAAGGAUAUUAAAAAGCAAGUCGGAAACGGGCCGUGGGCGUUUUCCUUCAACGUGAAGUUCUAUCCGCCGGACCCGUCGCAGCUCACGGAGGACAUCACCAGGUACUACGCGUGCCUGCAGCUGCGUCAGGACGUGUCGUCGGGGCGGCUGCCGUGCUCGUUUGUGACGCUGGCUCUGCUGGGCUCCUACGCGCUGCAGGCCGAGCUGGGCGACCACGAGGCCGACGAGCACGGCGCCGACUACGUGGCCUCCUCGGGCUUCCGCUUCGCGCCGGCGCACUCCCACGAGCUGCUCGAGAAGAUCGCCGAGCUGCACAAGACCCACCGGGGACAAACCCCGGCCGAGGCUGAGCGCCACUUCCUGGAAAACGCCAAGAAGCUGUCCAUGUACGGCGUGGACCUGCACCAGGCCAAGGACUCGGAGGGGGUGGACAUCACGCUGGGCGUCUGCUCGAGCGGCCUGCUCGUCUACAAGGACCGACUGCGCAUCAACCGCUUCCCCUGGCCCAAGAUCCUCAAGAUUUCCUACAAGCGCAGCAACUUCUACAUCAAGAUCCGGCCGGGAGAGCUCGACCAGUUUGAGAGCACCAUCGGCUUCAAGCUGCCCAACCACCGCGCCGCCAAACGCCUCUGGAAGGUGUGCGUGGAGCACCACACCUUCUUCCGGCUGGUGACCCCGGAGCCGGCGCCCAAGGGCCGCUUCCUCACGCUGGGCUCACGCUUCCGCUACUCGGGGCGCACGCAGGCGCAGACGCGCGCCGCCAGCUCGCAGAUCGACCGCCCCGCGCCCCACUUCACUCGCUCCGCCAGCAAGCGCUACACCGUGUCCAGCUCGCUCGACGGAGCGCCGGGCGGAGGCAGCCAGGACGGCUCCUCGUGGGGUCUCGACGACGAGCCUCCGCCCCCCACCGCUGACCCCCGCAACUCCGUGGGGGGCGAGCGCCACGCCGUCAACUCCGUCGCCGCCGUCACCGCCGUCACCGCCGUCACCGCCACAACCGCGACCGGCGGGGACACCUUCCCGUCCGCCGUCGCGGCCGAGAAGACGGACGGCGGCGGCGACGGCGGCGACGGCGGCGACGGCGGCGACGGCGGCGACGGUGCCGGCGGUGACGACGGCAAGAAAGAGGAAACCUCCGGCCAGAGCUCGGAGGCGCAGGGGGAGGAGGUGAAGAGAAGGCCUAAGAAAGCAGACGGAGAAAACAUUUAUAUCAGGCAUAGCAGGCUAAUGUUAGAGGAGCUGGAGCGCCGGCCGGACGAGCUGCUGCUCAAGCGGCAGGCGAGCCUCAGCGAGCUGAAGCGCUCCUUCCUGGAGUCGCGGCCCGACGGCGCGGCCGGCGCGGCCGGCGCGGCGACGGCGCCGCCGCCCGGCGGCUGGGACAUCCGCCUGCAGGAGCCGUCGCCCGUCCGCCGGCACGGCCAGCCCGGCACGGAGGAUGAUGAUGAGGAGGAUGAGGAUGAGGAGGAGGAGGAUUGGGCUCAGCUGCCCGAGGAGCCGGCGCCCUCGAGUCCGCCCAGCCACCAGCCACACGAGGUGGCCACGGCGGCGCCGGGCGACGAGGCGUGGGCGGCGCGGCCCGUGGGCCCGCACCCGCGGGAGCCCCCCGCCCAGUUUGCGGACGAGCUGCUCGUAGAGAUCUCGCAGAGGAUAGAGAAGAAGGAGGAGGAAGGUUCCCGGGCGGAGGCAAGGGCCGAGGCAGCGCUGCCUCAGCGGCAGCCGCAGCAACAGUCACAGCCGCAGCAGCAGCCGCAGCAGCAGCAGCAGCGGAUGAGCAGCAGCAGUUCGGUGUCGAUGUCGCGGGUCGUCUACAAGACGGUGGUGAUCACCGGCGAGCCCGACCUGCUCAAGGGCUCCUCCGACGAGAAGGACGGCGACUCCUCCGGCGGCGACGGCGACGCUCGCACUGGGCCCGGCGUCCAGACGGCUCCCUCGUCGGGCGGCAGGAGGGGCGAGGAGGAGGAGGAGGAGAGAGCAAAGACGGAGAAGAGAGCAGCGGCGGAGGAGGAGGUCGUCAGACGCGUGGCCGCCCCGCCCGAAUCGGUCCCCCGCGACGGGGCCGAGGCGACGGGCGCAGGCGAGGCCCAGGCUUCGGGCGGGGCACCCGGGGAGGAGGCCAAGGGGGCCUCGGGGGAUGUCGACUUCCUGGAGAGGGAGAUGAUGAAGGUGGCCGUGGCGCUGAGGAAGGGGGAGGCCGGCGCUCACGGCGACGAGGGGAAGCCCAAAUCCAACGGGGCCGACGCGUCCGAGUCGGAGACGAGCGAGUCGGAGGAGGAGGAGGAGCGCGGUUUUGAGCCGCCUCUGAUCGCCACGGAGAGCGUGAGCUUCAGCGAGGUGUCGCACACGGGGAGGCCGGACUUCUCCACCACGGACGUUCCCAUCGUGCACACGCACACCAAGACCAUCACCUACGCGGCCACGCAGGAGGGACGCGGAGGCGAGGCGUCCGAGUCGAGUGUCUUGCCGGAGAUGGCCGGCUUCUCGGCAGAGUCCGUUGCCACCACGACCACCACGCACAUCACCAAGACGGUGAAGGGAGGCAUCUCGGAGACGCGCAUCGAGAAGCGCAUCGUCAUCAUGGCCGACACCGACAUCGACCAUGACCAGGCGCUGGCCCAGGCAAUCCGCGAGGCCAAGGAGCAGCACCCCGACAUGGCGGUCACCAAGGUGGUCGUGCACAAGGAGACGGAUGUGUCGAUCGAGGACGACGACGACGACGACGACGACGAGGAGGAGGAGGAGCGCCCCUGAGGGCCGCUGCCCCGUGCCCCCCCCUCCCUGCCCAGCGGCUGGCAGGAGGGGAGCCACGGGGCCGUGGGGAGGUGACCUCUUGAUCGUCGCGCCACAGGAAGCACUCUCGUGCCGCAGCGGCGGCCGCCGCACAGGCCAGGGCGACGUCACCCACCCGCGGCUCCGCUGUUGCCCGCGUUUGUCGGCGCCCGUUCCGCCGCCCCCCCUUACUCGCCACACCACGCUUCACGAUUUGUAUUUCUUCGUUUCUCUCUUGCUCUCAGAUUAAGUUUUUUUUUUAUUACGUUGUCCGUUGACGUUUUACUUUUUAUUCCGUUCGCUCGUGCGCGUUUUUAAUCGUGCGCGUGGGGAAGGAAAAAUCGAACCUCGCAAAGGGGCCUCCUGCCAAAAUCCCCGCAGCCUGGGGGGGCUGCCGCGAGUUUCUAACGGCCUUGGGGGGCUGCCGCGAGUUUCUAACGGCCUUGGGGGGCUGCCGUGAGUUUCUAACGGCCUCGCGCUCCUUCGGUCUUGAGCCACCGGCUCUCCACAGUACGUUGCAGAUGAUAAAGUCUUUGACCGGCCACGAUUAACGUUUUUUGUAUUUUUCUUAUUUUAAACCUUCGCU